GUGCGCGGGGACGCACGCAGGUAGACGCGGGGACCGAGCCCGGGGGCCCAUGGCCGGGGCCGCCAUGGCCGAGCGGGGUCGCAUGCCUCCCCUCGCACCCGCGCCAGGCACGGAGGGGCUGCCGCGCGCCUUCCUGCAGAGCCUGCGCACCCUGUUCGACAUCCUGGACGACCGGCGGCGCGGCUGCGUGCACCUGCGCGAGAUCGAGUCCCGCUGGCAGGGCACCGACGCGCGGGAGCUGCCCCGCGGGGUGCUGGAGGGCUUGCGCCAGGUGGCCCCGGCCAGCGGCUACCUGACCUUCGAGCGCUUCGUGGCCGGCCUCCGCACUUCCCUGCUGAGCGCCGACGGCGGCCCCCGAGACCCCACGCGCGCCCCGGUUCGGCCCGGGGACCAGCCGCCGCCGCCGCCGCCGCAGCGCCUGGUGUUCGCACUUGCCGACGAGCCGCGGACGGUCCUGGAGAGGAAGCCCCUGCCCCUGGGCGUGCGCGCCCCUCUGGCCGGUCCCAGCGGCGCGGCCCGCAGCCCGGAGCAGUUGUGCGCCCCGGCCGAGGCGGCGCCCUGCCCCGCGGAGCCCGAGCGGUCCCAGAGCGCGGCGUUGGAACCGAGCUCCAGCGCGGACGCAGGUGCAGUGGCCUGCAGGGCCCUGGAGGUGGACUCAGGGGAUGCCCGGCGGGCCCCCCGUGCCCGAGGGGAACGUCGGAGGCACACUAUCACCAGCGGCGUGGACUGCGGCCUGCUGAAGCAGAUGAAGGAGCUGGAGCAGGAGAAGGAGGUGCUGCUGCAGGGUUUGGAGAUGAUGGCGCGGGGCCGUGACUGGUACCAGCAGCAGCUGCAACGAGUGCAGGAGCGCCAGCGCCGCCUGGGCCAGAGCAGAGCCAGUGCUGACUGUGGGGCUGCAGGGAGCCCCCGCCCACUGGGGCGGCUACUGCCCAAGGUACAGGAGGUGGCCCGGUGCCUGGGGGAGCUGCUGGCUGCAGCCUGUGCCAGUCGGGCCCUGCCCCCGUCUUCCUCCGAGCCCCCCUGCCCUGCCCUGACAUCCACUUCACCCCUGGGCUGGCAGCAGCAGACCAUCCUCAUGCUGAAGGAGCAGAACCGACUCCUCACUCAGGAGGUGACCGAGAAGAGUGAGCGCAUCACGCAGCUGGAGCAAGAGAAGUCAGCGCUCAUUAAGCAGCUGUUUGAGGCCCGCGCCCUGAGCCAACAGGAUGAGGGGGGCACUCUGGAUUCCACCUUCAUCUAGUCCGUGUGGGCAGCGCGGGCCCCCAGGGCCGACCUGGCACUCAGCCCUUCGAGGGUGUGCGUCCCAUCGCACCCACCCUCUCUGGCUGGAGACCCCCGGCAGGCCCAGGCACAGUCCCGGAGUGGGCACCUUCCUGCCCCCCUUGCCAGAUGGGCUCCCCAGGCCUGCCUCCGACUGGCCCCUGCACCAAGCCCUUGACUCUGUUUUGGCUCCUGGUGCUGACAUGGGCUGGGACUCUCUUGAGUCCGCAUAGUCCGCAGCUACUACCGCCGUUGUCAGUGGACAGUGGGGGACCCCUCCACGAGUUACCGCCCCCCGUUUCCAGCGGUGCUGCCCUGGGUCCCAUCUCCAGGGAAAGACACUGCUCUCGCCAGGCUGCACUUCCGACAACGGCCAGCAGAGGGCGAGGGGCGGCUCCGACGCGGGUCCAAGGGCAGCUUCCCCCCUCAACCAGGGCACCAGGACAAGGUGGCUGUAGCUCGGAUGGAAGCAGAUGGAGGGGGUGGGGAUGGCCUGUAAGCGGGGGGUGCCCACCUGGCAGGGAAGCCCCAGGGAUAGCAGUUGGACUUCAGGUCUUGGCCAAGGCUGAGGGACUCUGGCUGCAGCGGAUCAGGGUGCCAGGUGGGCGAGAGUUUGGCCUGCAUGUGCCUCCCGCAGACCCUGGGGUGAUGGCCUUCCUCAUCCUGGCCAGGACACUGCCCCACGUUGAGUCCCACACAACAACCUGUGAGCCUGGCUCCCCAGGAGGGCCCCCAAACAGCUCCCAGGCACGUCAUAGGCAAAGCCUGUCCCCCCGGACUCAGGAUUCUCAAGGUCUGGGGUCCUGCUCACCCCGCUUUCCUCUCAUGCCCAGCCUGACCCCAGAUUUCAGCUGGGAGAGGCCACUUCCCUCAGCCAAGGAAAACGAGAACCCCCAGGGUACAGGAGGAGGCUGGCGCAGGUGCCCUUGGAUGUCAUUCCUGUCCCCCUGCCCAGGCCCACUCCCGCUGGUGCUGGGGUACACACUGGUGGGGGCCCCCUGCUCAGCCCAGCCUGGAGGGCCCCAGUGCUACCAGAACCAGGGGCACGGCAACAUCAUGGAUGGGUUCGGCAGCCUAGGGCCCUGAUGGGGAGGCAGUGUGUGUGGUGCACAGGAACCUGAUGUGGGGUCCGUGUGUGGGGCGCAGGGACCCCUCAUGUCCAGGGCACUUUGGUACACUGUCCCACAAGGCACCUGUCUCAGAGGAGGGGUCCUGGCAGGCAGCGGGGCAACUCCCUUCCGGAACCCAGCUCCAUGCUAACCUGCCCACAGCAACCCCACUGAGCCACAUCCCCAGCUGCACCUGGCCUGCAGGGGUGUCCCAGGACAGGCCCAAGCCAGCCCAGCGUACAGCUGCCCUCCUACCCUGAGGAUGGGAGUGGGCUUUCCAGGAGACAUAAGGAUGCCAGGCCUGGAUCUCCUGGGCAGGAAAGGGAGCAGAUCCUGAGGGCCUGUGUCCCACAGCCCCAGCACCAGGUGGACUGCAGUGCAGUGGGUGGGCCAGUGGCAGCCGGGGAGAAGCCCCCCCGUCAGCAGGCUGGGGUCUGCCUUUGAGGGUGCCUGCCAUGCCCUAGGGAAUCCUGGCAUCUUUAGAGGGCUGGAAGCAGGAGACAGAACAGUGUCUGUCCCGGGGUGACUUCAUCAGGAGACUGCCCACAGAGCUGGACCCCGCAGCUAAAGCGGAAAUGUGAGACAGGCUGGCACCUCCAGAAAAACUGCCUCUCAGCCUUGGUGUUCCGUGCAAGGUGAAAAAAAAUAGGUCCUCCAAGUUUACAGCUUAAAAUUAGGCUAGUGUGUGGCCCUGGAGACCACGAGGGGAGAAUUUAAAGUAGCCCUGACUGGCAGGGUCUAGGUGGCUGGCAGAGGCACAUGCAGACCCUGCCGGGAGCCCGCCCUAAGGACACAGGGCGGGUCAGUCUCCUUGCAGGAUGUGAGCAGCGUCCCUGGGCUCUAUCCACGAGGUGCCAGUAGCGUGUGCAGGUAUAUACAUGUGCGUGCACACCGUUAUGACACCCGGAAAUGUCUCAGGACGUCUAAAUGUGUCCUUGGGGGCAGAAGCGUCCCCAUUUGAGAAUCUGCCCCAGAGGAACACCACCACACCAGGCCUCAGGAUUUUGUGUUGAUCAAGUUCCAAGGAAAAGGAACAUCUCAGCCGGGCAUGGUGGCUCACGCCUGGAAUGCCAGCACUUGAGGCCAGGAGUUCGAGACCAGCCUGGGCAACGCAGUGAGAGACCCCAUCUCUA